GGAAAUUCACUUUUGGAGAAGCGGAAUCGGGACGCUCAGCGUCGUUACUGGAGACCCGAGACCCGAGGCAUCUGCGCCUGUCUGGCGAACGAUCGACGACGGCGCCGACGUCGAGACGGCUGCGGGAUCUCCGGGGCACGUCAACCAGUAUGAUAGUGUGAUAUCGCCAUUCGGCUGAUGCGGGCGGAACAUCGUCGUCGACCUGUCAUUCGCAUGGCGAUCGGACGAGGACGUCGUGCGGUCGUUUCUCCACGUUAACGUGCACCAUAAAAUGUGGAAUAAAUAAGCGAGAUAAUGGUGCAAUCAUGAUUCAAAUUGAAAACGAUCUUGAAGAAAGUUCAGCGGCUCGGCUGUCCUAUAUACACUGUGUACAGCGGUGACACAGCUGUACAUAUAUAGAUCACAAUCAUGGAUAUACAGAAGAAGUUCCUGUGCCCCCGUUUGGUGGAUUAUCUCGCCAUUGUGGGGGCCAGAACGCCCGCUGUCUCUCGUCAGCCCGUACAGGUCCCGGAAUUGCUACGCAGAUAUCCGGUGGAGGACCACAAGGAUUUUCCUCUUCCUCUGGAUAUGGUUUAUUUCUGUCAACCGGAAGGUUGUAAUAGCGUGGGACCGAAACGAACGGCUUUACGAGAGGCGACUUCCUUCACCUUCACCCUCACUGAUAAAGAUUCAGGAAAAACGCGUUACGGAAUCUGCGUGAAUUUUUAUCGACCUAUGGAGAAAGCGGGGGUCGUGGCUGCUGGGGGAAUUUCGCUCAAGAGGGAAAAAUACAAUACCACGUUUCGAAGAGAGAGCUGGAGGAAGAGCAUGGAGAGAAGCACGGAUUCCGCUUUUUCUAGCGACUAUAGGAGCAGUGCAGUAGGUCCUAGUGAUUCAGAGAGAGAUUGCUCCAGCAGCAGAAGGGAUUCAGAUACCCCGCAAGUCCCCCAUGCUCCGAGAUUAGAAUUCAUUGCACCGAGCGGAGAUAGCGAGAGUGGUGGCAGUCAUUCCCCAUCGCCACGCGCUUCUCGAAGACGUCAGAGGAUUCGCAAUCAUUCCUUGACUUCACUCUGCAUCAUUUCGCAUCAUCCGUUCUUCUCGAUGUUCCGGGAAUGUCUUUUUGUUUUGAAGAAGAUCAUCGACGCGUGCAACGAGAGUUUUUCACCACAAAAAGUAGGAGCCUCUCGACAAACCAACAGAGACACGGUAUGGACCGUUCUUACCGGACAGGCUCUCGGAGAUACGCCAUCCAUCGUGCUCCAUGAUGUUCGCGAGAUCGAGACGUGGAUAUUGCGAUUGCUCAGUAGUCCCGUCCCUGUUCCGGCGAAGACGCGCGUUGAGGUCGAGAUAAUAUCGCCCAAUGUGCAGCCUCCGCUGUGCUUCGCCUUGCCAGAUCAUACCAGGUUCACUCUGGUCGAUUUUCCUCUGCAUCUACCGUUAGAAUUGCUCGGCGUUGACAUAUGUCUAAAGGUUCUCACGUUAAUUCUCUUGGAGAACAAGAUUGUGCUUCAGUCCCGAGAUUACAACGCUUUGUCUAUGUCAGUCAUGGCAUUUGUCACGAUGAUCUAUCCAUUGGAAUAUAUGUUUCCCGCAAUACCCUUGUUACCCACGUGCAUGAGUUGCGCGGAACAAUUACUGCUCGCGCCAACGCCUUUCGUGAUCGGGAUACCUGCGUCCUUCCUGUUGUAUAAAAAGAACUUCAAGAUGCCUGACGAUAUCUGGCUCGUGGAUUUGGAUAGCAAUAAAAUAACAGCGCCAAACGCUUUGGGCGAGGAUAAUCUGCCACCGUUGCCGGAACCGGAGGGUACCGUCUUGAAGAAUCAUCUGAGACAGGCAAUGCAACUGAUGGAUCAAGUUGGCUCUAGUGCGAUGGCCAGUAUGACAGGCCCACCAUUGCUCUCACAGGACAUCUCGUCGCGUCUCUCUUUUCAAACACCAAGUAGAAGAGAAAGCAUGGCAUCGCAUCAUUCCACUUUAAGUGUAGCUUCGACAAAGCACAGGCCAAGCAUCGAUCAGUAUGCACACAUUCAGCAUACCCCGUUGAAUUCACCAGGCGUGGGCUCUUCGUCGAGUCCUCCUCGUCGGCCGUCGAUGUCGCAAACGGUCGGAGGAUCCGGGCCGACCGGCCCGUAUCCGAUGAAAACAGCCGGACAAAGUCCGACGCCUUUCAAUGCGUUCAUCUACGGGAACGAUGUGGACUCGGUGGACAUUGCCACGCGAGUCGCCAUGGUGCGAUUCUUUAAUUCGCAGAAUUUGCUGGCCAACUUCACCGAGCACACGCGCACCCUGCGACUGUAUCCCCGGCCGGUGGUCGCCUUCCAGAUCAACUCGUUCCUUCGUUCGCGACCCAGAAAGAGCAGUUUUCUCAAUAGGUUUGCGCGCACGCAGGCGGUCGAGUUCUUGGCCGAGUGGUCCCUCACCCCGAGCAAUGUGGCCUUCCUCCGGGUGCAAACAGGGGUGUUUGAUCCCGCGCAGAUCGGCGAUAAGCCGCGCUGGUAUGCGACCAAUCUCGAACCGAUCUACUUUCCCGUCUGGGAUUCCAGUAGCUCCCUGGCGAACGCCUUGAAGGCAAUAAGAGAACACGAGAGCCAACCUACGGAUGAGAGCGGUUCCGACUCGGAAGGUGCUGAGAGCACAAGUUCCUCUUACUCCUCCUUGAGCGAUUUUGUCUCCGAGAUGGCAUCGUCUGAUCUAUCACCAGGUUACAAUUGUCCGCGAGCGAGCCAGCCCCAACAAAUGUCACUCUCGGUGGAUCCGAAGAAUGUUUACAAUCCUCCAAGUUCCUUGCAAUAUCCAGGAGUGGAAGAAGAUUCGCCGGUACGACCCGAGAGUCCACCGAGCACUUCUUCUAGUCACAGCGAUCUGAGCAGUCCGAGCUUUAACAGGGAUUCCGAGGUUGAAUUAAAUCCGAAAAUUCACGAAGGCUCGCAGUCUACUAACGAUAAAGAGGAGGUUGGUAGCUUUGAGUCAGACUCCGCGUCGACAAUAACACCGCGCACAAUCCUGAGCGCACAAAGUUCGGUAGGACAAUUCACAGGGAUGGGAUCUUUAAGCACUCAAUCUUCGCUCAACGACACUGAACGUCCUGCCGCUCCUCACAGGACCUCGCGUGUCAGUAGAUAUGUCACUCCUGUACCACCCACCGGACCAGGUCUACAACGCCAGCCAAGCGUUGGCAACGUCCUGGCGAGGGCUUCUAGUUUCAGCACCACCGGUGGGCCUCUUUUACCGCGGCAGAUAAGCGCCGUCACCGGUCAUCAUUAUGAAGCGUCGAUGACGCUUCAGCUUCAACGUCAGACAUCGGCAGGAUCGCCGAAACAAAACGACAAUAGCACGGUGCAAAGGCAAAACAGCGGCGGCAGCAGCACUAGCACCAACACCACUUCUACCGGAAACGGUGUUCUCCGACAGGGCUCGCAGGGUUCUCUGUUCGAGCAGAUCGCCAGCCAAGCCAAGGACCUGGUACGCGAGACCACGAGACAGAGCAGUCAGGACGGGUUGCUCGCGCACGUGGACAAGCUCACACAUCAAGCAAAAGAAAAAAUUACAGAGGCAAGCGAGGAUAGCCUGUUUGCACCGCUAGAACAAUUAACGCAACAAACUAAGAAAGCGAUGGGCGAGGCCACCAAGUCCGUGCAAGAAGCGUCUAAGACCGCGCUAGAAAUGAGCAAAACUGCUACGGGUGUCAGUAAAAAUACUUUCGACGAUUUAACAUAUGUUGGCAAGAGUACAUUUGGAGAUUUGACGAAAAGUGCCAAAGAAGUCGCCGCGAAGAAAGGUUUGCUCAAGGGCCUCGGAGAAUCGCAACAAUCGCCAGUACAUGGGCCAUCGUCUCCCAAUAUGACGCAGCAACGGAAGGAUUCGAUCAGCAAUCAGCUGGUCGCGUCAGACACGCGGAGCGGUGUCGGGCGAGAUUUUUUCAGCAAUAUUAGUAGUGAUUUAAAUGGCUUUGCCGCGCAGACAAGCAGUAUGUUUAGCGAUCUGUUCGGUAACAAAAAUAAUUCUAAUCGAGGCAGUAGCUUCUUUCCGCAGAAUCAGAAAUCGAAAGAGAAGAUAAAUCCGAUUCUUGCACCAUUUCCUAAAGUUGCAGGAAAGACAGGAUUGGUAGAACGUUCCUCGUUAAUAAAACAUUCUUCGCACAAAGUUAAUCAGGAAGACGCGCAGAGAAUGCAAAACGCAGAACGUUCUAGCACAAAUAGCGACAAUCAAGCCUUCUUGAACGACGUGGUGACGCAAGUGUUGGCCGGCGAAGGCGUUGGUUGGCUUAAACUGAAUAGAUUGAAGAAGCUAAUGGAGGAUGAAAAUUAUAGAGACUUGGUCGUAACGAAGCUAAAUAAAGGUCUAAAUAGAAAGAUUAGUCCGGAUGAUCAUAUUGAUGAUGUGCCCAUAUCGAAACCCGUGUAUAAAGGAAUGUUAAAGUGCCUUCAAGCAGUAACGCAUGGUCUUGCACAUACAUAUAAUAAUUUCGGAUUAGGCGGGAUGGCUUCUGUCUUCCAAAUGAUGGAAAUCGCUCACACACACUACUGGAGCAAAGAUCUGUCUGAAAGUGGUUUCGACAGUUCUUUGAUGUCGCAAGCAUCUAGCCCAUUCGGCAGUAGAGAAAAUUUGAGAUCACCGCAAUCUCCGAAUCAAUCUGAUUUCACGGAUACUACGCAAAAAUUGGAACUGCCGCAAGUGCAUUUGGACAUGCCGCAACCACCGCCGACGGGGGACACGAGCCAAUCGACUACGGACAUGUUUCUGGACAUGUUUACGAAGAAGGGGAAAUUUCUAAGCAAACUCACCUCAUUUGAUUCGGAGAGUGGGCGGGGUGGUGGAACGGGAAGCAGCGAAGCUUUAUCCACAGACGGAGGUAGCAUUAUCACUAAUCCUGCUUUUCGGCAAGCGCAUCAAGCUUCCUUUCGAAGCACCGUGUCUGAUAGCGAGGUCGAGCAAGGCAAUUUUCCUCGGCAAGGUAAGCAGCGUUCUGGCAGUGUUUGGUCCAGCAAGUCAUCUCUAAGUACCGGAUUCCGUUACCACGGCGGAAGUUUGAUACCUACCACAACUUUACCAAGUCCAGAAGCUGCGAGAACAUAUCUCUUCGAAGGUCUACUUGGAAAGGACAGGUCAUCCCUGUGGGACGAAAUGCAAUUCUGGGAGGACGCCUUUUUAGACGCCGUGUCACAGGAACGCGACAUGAUGGGCAUGGAUCAAGGACCCGGAGAGAUGAUGGAGAGAUAUAAGAGUUUAAGCGAGAGCGAAAGACGACGAUUGGAGCACGAGGAAGACAGAUUAUUGUGCACUCUGCUGCACAAUCUCACCGCCAUCCUCGUGAUGUUGAACGUCGAGAAGGAAGAACUGAAGCGGAAAGUGCGCAGAUUAUUAGGCAAGAGUCACAUCGGCCUCAUCUACAGCCAGGAAUUGAAUCUACUCCUCGAUCAAAUAAAUAAUCUCCAUGGAAAUGACAUCGAUCUGAAGCCUUUGACGUCACGACAAAUGCACCGGCAGACGUUCACCGUGCAUUCGGGGGCCGAUGCUGAAGGUGAUUUACGAUUUCUCGAAGUCCGCCACGACGGUCUCGUGUUAAGAUCGGUGAACGGCGUUAUAGUUGAGCGCUGGUGGUACGAACGUGUCGUUAAUAUGGCAUAUAACCCGAAGAAUAAGGUUUUAUGCUUGUGGAGGAGAAGCGGCGGGGAAUUGGAAUUACACAAAUAUUAUACCAAGAAGUGUAAGGAUGUGUACUAUUGCAUAAAGGACGCUAUGGAAAAGGCGGCGGCUCGUGGACGAGGCACGAAUAUGAAUCACGAACUCGGCGGCGAGUUUCCGGUGCAGGAUAUGCGAACGGGCGAAGGUGGGCUCCUGCAGGUUUGCAUGGAGGGCGUCGGUCUUCUCUUCGCGAAUAGCAAGGAUUUCGAGUUUUUUGUAAGACUCGAUCAUAUCCGCAAGUGCUUUACUCUAAAGGAUGGAAUCUUUGUUUUGGAAGAAUUCAAUCCUAAAACUAGACAAGUAAUUCAACGUAAAUAUAAGUCGCAAAUGGCAUAUGAUAUCUGCUAUGCUGUUCUGUGCGUAUUUUCUUACGUGGCGGCUGGUUCGGAGCAACGACAAGGUCAACAACAGCAGUCGCAACAACAGCACCCACAACGCCAACAACAGCAUCAGCAGCACACCUUACAUCCGAAUGAACAGCGUCAGCAGCACCAUCAAGCCCGGCAACCCUCUCAACAACAUAGACAAGAGCAACCCCAAUCAAGCAGUGUAACAACCCAAAUGCACAGAAAUACACAGCUGGACCCUUAUCCCCGUCAACACUGACGCAGGCAAAGACACUCGCUUCCCUACGUUAGCAUCCACGGCAAAAAUAGUUGCGCCCCUUACGCCUGUUUACCCUGGGUAUAAGUGCGCUAUCCUUCUCAAAAAUUUAUUUGAAGAUUCGAUUGAAUGUGGGCAAAAUAAUGGUGACAUUAUUUCUUCGAAGAAAUAUUUCCUUCUUUUUUUCUUCUUCAAAGGCGCCGUAUCAACGCUUUUCCUUUUCGGAAGUGAAAUUACUUUGCGAAAAAUUGUAAUAAUUAAGAUGAAAAGAAUCAUAUCCUUAGUUUAAUUCGUUACUAUUAGACUUACGGCGCGAAUUUUUAUUCGGAGUUAGUCUUGCGUAAUCAAUGUGAUAACUAGUAUCUUGUAUUCAUUCGCAUACACGUGGAUAUGCGUGUAUGUGUCACCUAAAGCAAUUAAAUACAAUAAUUAUUAGUAAUUGGCGGUACAAUUUUAUAUAAGAUGCCGCAUACAAAGAUUGUAAUUAUAAACAUUCGUGAUGGUAAAAAGAUAUUUAUUUUAGCUCGAGUCGAAAUAAGUGUGGUAGAUGUCGAUUGACAAAUGCCAAAAUAAAAAAAAACGCAUUGCAAUUAACUCGCAAAUUUUUUAAUUCCGUAUAUGAAAUUAUUCCUAUCGUUUUUAGGUACUUGAACUUCGUGAUUGAAACGUAGAUAAUAGCUUUAUCCAUUCGCUAUCUCUCUUUUCUUUAUAUCUGUAAUCUGUAAUUUAGCCGAUGAUUUAUAUGUUUCAUUUAUAUCGGAUGUAUUGAAUGAAAUAUCGCAAUGUUUAUGAAAAACUGUUGUGUGUAAGAUGUGUAGAAAAACAUUUUGUCAUUCUAUGUCUCGAAUAACUUACACGGUGUCAUUCUUUUGUACGGUUUCGAAUAUAGAAGAAAGAGAAUUUCCCUCGGUAGCUCCUAGAGCUCAUUUUCAGGGUACAUGUAAUGUUCCCAAAGUUCUAAACAUUAUAUGUAAUAUAAUGUAACUCUGUAAAAAAAAAGUUAAGUUUGUCGAAACCUAAAAUGACACAUCUUUGAUACCGUAAAGAUUUAUAUUCUACAUUUUCCUACCAUUCAAAUCGUUAAUUAGACUGGAAACUGUAUCAGCGACGAUAUCGCAAUUGCGAAUCGCGUUCGCGAUAGUCGGGAUUGGCAUUAAAAGUGCGAAAAUCUCACGGAAAUUAAUAUUGUAUUUUUUUCUUUGCCGCAUUUUUCAAUAUUUGUUGUGUUAAGUAUACGCGUAAAAAAAAACAAAUAUAAGAAGAAACGAAAGACCAGCCUAAGAAAGAGAAUAUAUACACUAGUCGCGAAUUCAGCGUGAAAUAACCGUAGUGUACGUUACAUACAGAUAUCAGAUGAAAUGAUAUAUUUUCUUGUAACGUAUAAGAAGCGUAUAUUUGAGAUAUUUGUAAAAAGGUAUAGGAUUUGUAAAUAAUAAUUGGCGAUAUAGUGAGCGAUACGACAGCAUCCCUUUUUAUUUCUCGUUUUUUAAUACGAUUAUACAUAUUAGAGCUCGUUCAUCAGCUGAAUUGGAAAGAAAUGUAUAUCUAAGAAUAAGACAGAGCGAGGGAAAGAGAGAGGAUGUUCUCUUCUAAACUCUAAACAUCUAAAAAAAAGCAUAUAUACACAAUCCUUGGUACCAAAAUUGUUGUCAAAAUCCUGAUGUUUAGGAAUUCCGUCGUCGAUGCCACGUUUAAACGAUACAUCGUUCGAUCAUAGUCAUUCCGAGAUAUAUCACGGUUGUAAAGAAACUUUAGACCUUUCUAGAAGAGAAAUUAAUACCUCGCAUUGUAUAGUACUCAUUCAUGUAGACGCCUUAUACCCAAAAUAUACUUGUAGCCAAAUCGAUAUUAAA